UAUUGCUUGACAGAAUCUUUUGAAGAUAUGAAGAAAGCUUCACAUACAAUUUAGAGACUUUAAAGAGCUCUUGGUCCUGAGAAAACCUGCUGGUAUGUUGACCGAAAAAUGUGUUCAGAGAGAUCUUCCAUCAGAGGUGGAGGAGAGAGGACACUGGGCGAGCAAGGUGGAGUUUCUAUUGGCCGUGGCUGGAAAUGUUGUCGGCCUCGGUAACGUGUGGAGGUUUCCUUACCUCUGCUACAAGAACGGAGGGGGUGCAUUCUUGGUGCCAUAUCUGGUCUUUGUGCUGACCUGUGGCGUACCCCUGUUCCUGCUGGAAACAACCAUGGGUCAGUAUACUCAGGAGGGGGGCAUCACCUGCUGGAGGAAGCUGUGCCCACUAGCAGAAGGUAUAGGCUUUGCAGGGCAGCUAAUUCUACUCUACAGCUGCAUGACCUACAUUAUCAUUCUGUCAUGGGGUUUGCUCUACCUCAUGUUCUCCUUCAGCCCCCAGCUGCCAUGGGCCACCUGUGACAACUACUGGAACACAGAGAACUGUGUGGACUUUUCAGCAACAAACAGCACCUUCCUGUUGAUCAACGGGACGAACUCAACUUCGGCCGCCACAGAAUUCUGGGAGCGCCGUGUCCUGGCCAUUUCAGGGGGGAUUGAGGAGUUAGGCAGCAUCAGGUGGGAGGUGCUGUUGUGCUUGAUAGGAAUGUGGAUCAUCUGCUACUUUUGCAUUUGGAAAGGAGUCAAGUCCACAGGAAAGGUGGUGUACUUCACUGCCACCUUUCCCUACGUCAUGUUGUUGAUCCUUCUAAUUCGAGGACUAUGUCUUCCUGGCGCUCUUGAAGGAGUUCUUUUUUAUCUUCUGCCUGAUCCAACACGACUAACUGACCCUCAGGUGUGGAUGGAGGCCGGGGCACAGAUCUUCUUCUCCUACAGUAUCGGUGUGGGCUCUCUAAUUGUGCUAGGCAGCUACAAUAAACAAAAUAACAACUGCUACAGGGACUGCCUGUGGCUUUGUUGCCUUAACAGUGGUACGAGUGUUGUAGCCGGGUUUGCAGUGUUCUCUGUGCUGGGAUUCAUGGCUCACAAACAAGGCAUUCCUAUAGCUGAGGUGGCAGAGUCAGGUCCAGGUUUGGCAUUCAUUGCAUAUCCUCAGGCAGUGGCUAUGAUGCCUCUUCCCCAGCUCUGGUCCAUCUGCUUCUUUGUCAUGCUCAUCCUCUUGGGUCUGGACACACAAUUUGUUGCAAUGGAGGUGGUGAUGACGUCUAUCAUAGACAUGUUUCCCAGAGUUAUGCGACAGGCAAGACGUCGAGAGAGCUUCCUCCUCCUGUUCUGCCUAAUUUGCUUCUUUUCUCAGCUAGUCAUGAUCACUGAGGGAGGGAUGUUUGUGUUCCAGCUGUUUGACUACUAUGCAUGUAACGGAGCCUGCAUCCUCUUCCUCUGUGUGUUUGAAGCCCUUUCAAUGGGAUGGAUAUUUGGAGCGGAUAAAUUGUAUGGCAUAAUAAAGGAUAUGACAGGGGUGGACGCCAACCCAUUCUUCAAAAUCUGCUGGCUGUACCUCACGCCACUGGUCUCCCUGGGAUCUUUCAUAUGUUCUUUAGUGGAGUACCAGCCUCUGACUUUCAACCGGUGGUAUGUUUACCCAUCCUGGGCGUACGUAUUGGGCUGGGUGCUGGCCCUCUCCUCCAUCCUGCUGGUACCAGGGUGGGCACUUUAUAAGCUGGCUACAGGCAAAGGCACACUCAGGCAGGUGAGACACGCGUCUGCGAUUUAUGUCGACCUGCUCUGGACGACUCACCAACCCAAACGACAGAAACCGAGCUGCAAAACAUGGGUGUUGACCUGCUGCAGCCAUUCAUGUCCAACUGAUGCAACUAGAAUACUCUGUUUAGCUUUAAGCACACAAAACUUAGAUGAACCUCCAUGAUCAGAUGAGGAGAAAAAGGCUAUCAAGGUCUGAGCAUCGGUUCAGUGUCUCCUCCUGUGGAAACCAACAUCACAAUAGAUUUACCUUUAAGAAUAAGCCAUAUUGUAAAAGCACCACCUAAAUGCUGUAUAACUUAAUUCUUUAUUUUUUCCAGUUGUUUUUGUUAGAUUUCAUUCUGUUUACUAUGAACAUUAUGCUGUCAGAUAAUCAUCUUCCGUGGUUUUUGUAUGGAGUGUUAAGACAAAUAAAUUCCCUCCAUUGA